UAGCAUUCAAUUAAGUGUCGUUUUUGAUUACAAUGCUUUUACGAUUAUACCGACGCAUUUAGGUCUGUAGAAAAACAAAGUUUUUUUGUGUGUUAAAAAUAACUUGUACUUUUUUCCAUAGCUAAAUUUAAUAAUAUUAAAAUAAACUGUGCCAAAAACGCUUCGAAACUGACAUGGUUUGUGUGGUUUAGCGUGGUAUCUUACCUGUCAUCAAAGUCUCAUGGUCAUUUAACGAUUUGUUCAUAUAACCUUUGUCGUAUUAAAUCUACAAACAAACAGGGUAAACUGAGUGAAAUUUGCGGCUUUGAAGUGAGUCUUAAUGUUAAGAUGGAGAAUGAAAUGACAGAAACAGCGAAGUUAAACCAGCCUGCUGUUCCUAAUAAAGACCAGGUUGGCCUGAAAUUAUUACGCAUCAGUGGAGCCACCCAUUCAUUUGUAUUCUUACCAAGUGACACCAUUUCAGAUGUUACCAAGCAUGUAUUUGAUAAUUGGCCUGAAGAAUGGACUGAGGAUACAGUGGAAGAACAUGGUGUACUAAGGUUAAUAUAUCAAGGAAGAUUUCUACAUGGGAAAGCCACACUUGGAGCUUUAAAAAUACCAUCAGGAAAAACUACCAUUAUGCAUCUUGUAUCCAGAGCAACGGUGCCAGAACCAAAUGCACAAGAGCAACAAGAAAAAGAGAAAGGUCAAGACUCUGGCUGUCGACUAUGCUGCACAAUACUAUGACAAGUUCUCCAUAUUUCUUAUUGAAACUGCCUCAACUCAGCGCUGGGUAUGACAUAAAUUAGGGCUUCCCAAACUAAAACCUUUUUGUCUCCUAAAAUUUUUCAAUAUUUCUUUGUGGUUAUAGUAAAUAUAUGCAGUACUUGGUGUAAAAUUGGUAAAUUCUCGGCAAACCCAGAAAGUUACAAUUUUUGGGGGGUUCGUGACCCCGGAUUUGAGAAGCUCUAAUUUAGAUUUUUUACCCUGACAAACGCUUUGGUAAAAUAUAGUGGCGCGCUGAAGUUCAUUAUAAUUUGCCAAGAACGGUGAUUAUACCAAGCCUGGCAACGUGGUUCCUUUUCAACUUGUGGUUUCUAUUGAAAUGCAUUGUAAUUACUUUGUAUAAUGUGGUGAUUCGGCUAGGGUAAUUUUUUUUUUUGAGUUUUGUCAUAUAUUAUUGUAUAGUAGUUUUUUCUUCAAUUUUAUGCCGAAAACUGCAAAAUAUGGACAUGUUGUUUUUGAAUGCAGUAUGGCAAUUGUCUUGUAAUUUUCCUCCCAUUGUAGCAACCUUAAUAAAACACUUUAUUUUUUCUUUAAAAUUAUUCUACAUAUAUAUUUCUUUUCCAACUGUUUCGGUUUCAUGAGUUAAAAAUGAAUUUUUUUCUUACAUUGACUAGCAAGUAUAAAUGCUAUUGACAUUUAGCAUAGUAGGUAGUAACUGUAUAAAAUAUGGGGUAUUUUCUUCUUUUUAUGGAAGUCAAACUUUCAAUUUGUUUCAUUGAAAUAGGGUCGGCAAGCUAUGGCAUUUAUUUACCCAAAAGUAUUUGAAAAUUAACGCAAAAUAAACAAAACAUAUUUUUCUGCUACCAAUUUGUAGGUUACUAUGUAACUUAAUUUCAAAAACAGUCUAAAAGUUAGCCCACCUCUUAUAAUUAGUUGUUCACACAUUGUGUUUUUGUUAAAAGCACUUAUGCACACCAUUACAACUUGAUUUCGACCUGAAAAGUCAAGUUUUUUUCAAAAAAUCUAUUUUGUGCUUUUUGUUCAUUGCGCUUUUGCUUUUUUCCGACACAUUUUAAAAUCUGUGUGGUUUCUCUCCCUACAUGAAAUUGAACCUGAAGCUGUGUAAUUUCUUUCUUCAAGUAUUACAAGUCAUUUCUGUAACCCCUGGAAACGUCUGACAAGAUUAUUGUACAGUUACAGCACAUAUAUGAAUGUGGUUCUCUCUGAUUGACAUGCAAGUCAAACAGACCAUAUUGGUGCACUUUGCUACUUUUUAUCAACUCAUUCCAACAAUCUAUGUUUAACUUACAAAAAACUGUUCAUUUUCUGUCAACUUUUUGCGCACAACAGCUGAAAUAAGUUUUCUGUUGCGUUUGCAAAAAUGUCUUUUACUCGCAAUUUUAAAUACAGUUGUGUUGAAUGG